UCUCUGGUUUGUGGAGUGUUUUUUUUUGUUGUUGAUCUGAUGAGUUCACCACCAAGAGAGUUGCCUGAAUUCUGCAACGUGUAUCUCCCAGAGUACAGCUCGGACAGACUGCUCAUCCCAACAGCUUUUUUAGGGCACUUUAAUGGCGUUGUGCCUGAAAAGGCCAUCCUCAGAGGAUUUUCUGGGAGAGUUUGGCUCAUGGAGGUAGGCUUAAUUGGAAAGGAUGUGUACUUUCUAAACGGUUGGCAGCGAUUUCGGACAGAUAAUUCCCUAGAGGAGGGGGUCUUUUUGGUUUUCCGUUAUGAUGGCAGUCAUAUAUUUGAUUUUAAAUUGUUUGGGAGAAAUCAAUGUGAAAAGAUAGAGACUGACAACGAUCAACUUCAAGCUCAGAUGCAAGAAACAGAGCCCUUUCAAUAG